AUGAGCUAUCCCACAGCGCAGACAACAACAAUCCAGAACCCUCGUCUGAGGCUUCUCAAUAAGAUCAGAAGCGGCGAAUUUCCGCUGAUGACUUUUGUCGCAAUACCUUCUGUUCGGCAAGCGCAAAUCGUUGCGUUAACAGGCCUCGAUGGAAUCAUCAUCGACUGUGAGCAUGGUCAUAUCGGAGACGACGCCAUGCACAACUCAGUAGCCGCUAUUUCAGCUCUGGGCGUAUCUCCGAUCAUACGUGUUCGCGGACCGACACACGAUAUACUCAAGCGUGCGCUCGACACUGGGGCACAUGGCCUUAUGGUUCCUCAGAUCAACACCGCAGAAGAAGCCGCACAAGUUGUCGCAUCCUCGAAAUUUCCGCCACAAGGUGUUCGCGGUCAAGGCUCGGCCUUUCCAGCUAUCGGCCAUGGUCUUACAACACCCGAGUAUAUGAAGUCGGCUGAUCAGACAAUCAUCACCAUGAUUCAAAUCGAGACACGGGCUGGAGUUGAUAAUGUCGACGCCAUCGCUGCAGUUCCGGGUGUUGAUCUCAUAUUCAUUGGACCUAACGACCUCGCGCAAUCUCUCCUUGGUUAUACCCCUGCACGUGGUGACGAGCCAGAGUUCGUUCAAGCUGUCGACAAAAUAGUCUCUGCUGCUCGCAAACACGGAAAGUGGGCUGGAAGAAUGGUGAACAAUGGGACCGCCGCAAGGGAAGCGAGGGAAAGGUACGAUACUGUUGCUAUCACUGGAGACACAAAGGCAAUACAGAACUGGUAUAUGGCCGAAUUCGAGAUUGCGAGAUCGAACGUAUGA